CCAGCCCACCAACCCGCCCGCCCGCCCGCCCGCCCAAUCCCACCAGACGCCCUCCUCCAGUCCCACCAACCGCGGCGGCACAGGCAAUGGCGAUGGCUGCCGCGGCGACCGUGGCCGCGUCCGCGUCCUCCAGCGCGGUGUCGCUCGACCGCGCCGCCCCGGCCCACCCGCGCCGGCUGCGGAUGCCGGCGGCCCGCGCGGCCCACCGCGGGGCGGUGCGGCUGUGGGGGCCCCGCGGCGCGGCGGCGCGCGCGACGUCCGUGGCGGCCCCCGCGGCGCCCGCGGGCGCCGAGGAGGUCGUGCUGCAGCCCAUCCGCGAGAUCUCCGGCGCCGUGCAGCUGCCCGGCUCCAAGUCGCUCUCCAACCGGAUCCUCCUCCUCUCCGCCCUCUCCGAGGGAACAACGGUGGUGGAUAACCUGUUGAACAGUGAGGAUGUCCACUACAUGCUUGAGGCCCUGGAAGCCCUUGGACUCUCCGUGGAAGCAGAUAAAGUUGCAAAAAGAGCUGUGGUUGUUGGCUGUGGCGGCAGGUUCCCAGUCGAAAAGGACGCCAAAGAGGAAGUAAAGCUCUUCUUGGGUAAUGCUGGAACUGCAAUGCGGCCACUGACGGCAGCUGUAGUAGCUGCUGGUGGAAAUGCAACUUAUGUGCUUGAUGGCGUACCAAGAAUGAGGGAGCGACCUAUUGGUGACUUAGUUGUAGGUUUGCAACAACUCGGCGCAGAUGUCGAUUGUUUCCUUGGCACAAACUGCCCACCUGUCCGUAUCAACGGCAAAGGAGGUCUACCUGGUGGCAAGGUUAAGCUCUCUGGUUCCAUUAGCAGUCAAUACCUGAGUUCCUUGCUGAUGGCUGCUCCUUUGGCUCUUGAGGAUGUCGAGAUUGAAAUCAUUGAUAAACUGAUCUCCGUUCCUUAUGUUGAAAUGACAUUGAAAUUGAUGGAGCGUUUUGGUGUGACUGCGGAGCAUUCUGAUAGUUGGGACAGAUUCUACAUUAAGGGAGGACAAAAAUACAAGUCCCCUGGAAAUGCCUAUGUCGAAGGUGAUGCCUCAAGUGCGAGCUAUUUCUUGGCUGGUGCUGCCAUCACCGGAGGGACUGUGACUGUCGAAGGUUGCGGCACCACUAGUUUGCAGGGUGAUGUGAAAUUUGCUGAGGUACUUGAAAUGAUGGGAGCAAAGGUCACAUGGACUGACACUAGUGUAACUGUUACUGGCCCACCGCGUCAGCCAUUUGGAAGGAAACACCUAAAAGCUGUUGAUGUCAACAUGAACAAAAUGCCAGAUGUCGCGAUGACUCUAGCCGUUGUUGCCCUGUUUGCCGAUGGUCCAACCGCUAUCAGAGAUGUUGCCUCCUGGAGAGUGAAGGAAACUGAAAGAAUGGUCGCGAUCCGGACCGAGCUGACGAAGCUGGGAGCAACGGUGGAGGAAGGCCCGGACUACUGCAUCAUCACGCCGCCGGAGAAGCUGAACAUCACGGCGAUCGACACCUACGAUGACCACCGGAUGGCGAUGGCCUUCUCCCUGGCGGCCUGUGCUGAGGUGCCAGUCACCAUCAGGGACCCUGGAUGCACCCGAAAGACCUUCCCCAACUACUUCGACGUGCUAAGCACCUUCGUCAAGAACUAGAUUGGAGAAUCUAUGGCGAAUUGCGCUUGUACUUUUGUAGCCUGUCCAUGGUCUGGAAUUUUUGUCUUUUUCGUCUUGUCGCGAGAUGGUGUAUGAGUCUGUAAUAUUAGUUUUGUAGUGCGCGAGGUAAAAUGAAAUGUAUUGCACACUGUAUUCGUUUUUUGAAUAAGAAAUAAAUUAUGAUCUAGAUGUCA